UCAGUGAGUUUUACACAAGGAAAUGGCAAGCGGCAGGUGACCCAUGGGUCACUUCAGCCCAACAGAGGACAACGCGUUCCUGGUCUUGCUCACCACCUGCCAGUCACUCCAGGUUACACCUCAGAGGGUCAGAAUGACGAGACUCUGGCAUCCCAGACACCGAUAGUAAGUGAGCGUUUCCCAAAACUCUGACAGCAGGAUUGACGAGCCUUCCAGAGGGAAAGGCCCGCCUGUCUCUGUGAUGGGGCCCUAACCCUGGCUCUGGCAGGCCCACGUGCCUGAGCUUUGAAAGGAGUCACCAGUGGCUGUGAGUUCCAAGCAAGGGUGUGGAAUUAAUCCCCUCCAGCCUCUCUCUAACUGCGGGACAGCUGAGGGAGGCAGGUGCAGCUACCAAGGGGAAAGGCUCCCUGUGAUAAGCACUCCUACUCUUACCCAGAAACCUGUUCUAGGCGGCUCCUGCCAGAACUGCAGUUAAUCAUUCACCCAAACCACAGCAAGGAAGGAAUGCUCCCAGCAAGCUCUGAGCGCUCUGGAUGAAUCUAAGACCUACCUCACACCAGCGAGGCUGACAGGCGGCCUAGGGCACAGACCUAUCUCUUCUCACUCUAACUCAGUUUGCCCUCUCUCAAGGACUCAAAACUCAACCCCUCCAAUGCCAUCACAGAAGGGCAGAACCCUGAUGGAGGGAAUACAGGAGGGAGUGGCAGUUGCCAGGCAACCAGUCUAGCCCACCCGUGUUUGCUCUGGUGUGGCCAGAGUAUUUGGCUACUCCCUGGGCUGCCAACAGUAGUUUCUUUGAGUUGGGGCACAGCUGUGGUCAUCUGGCAGCCUCUCCCACCCAGGAACCCUGAAGUCUGAGGCCUGAAGGACAAUCCUGACUUGCUUGCCCUCAGAAGACUCAAGACUAUUAGCAGAAGAACCAGAUUUCCAUGGGCCAAAUGAUAGCCCCAAGGAGGAUCCAGAAUGAAGACUUCUGGAAGAACCCGUGGGAUGUGGGGGGCCUGAUAGUGGUUGGCCUGUUCACCUCCAUGCUCCUGUUCCUCAUCUUAUUUGCUAUUGUGUUUGGGUGUGUGGAAAAGGCUGUGCGGAAAAAGGCUGCGUGGGAAAAGGCUGUGUAUGAAGAGGAGUGAUCUGCCUCCUUGGGGGCCAAAAGGCAGCAGCGAGAGACAGGCUCACCUGCUCACCCACUACCAGCAGCGGGCUUCCAGUCCCUCUGGCUCAAGAAAGAAUCUAUGGGAACCAUUGGACCUUGCCUAGGGUUGGUCAGUCAGCUGGGCGGGAAGGCAGGCCUGGUACCGUUUCUGGCUCUCCCCCUGCACCUGCUGAACAUUAACACAUGGAGAGGAACUCUGCCCUGCCUCAGGUGAGAGCAGCAACGGCUAACAAGAUCCUCUGAUGAGGGUCCUGCCCAAGCAGGUAUUUUCAAGUCCUUGACAGAGAAGGACACAAAAUGUCAAAUGAAGUAAAAAUUCCUUUUCAAAUCCA